CAGCGUUCCCAUGGUGACGGAACACAAUCUCUCCCGGUUCUCGUGACAGGCUCCCGCGUAAGCGAGAGUCAUAGUUCUUUGCAAAGUUAAUUCAUGUGAAAAAUAAACUAAUGCCCAUUUUGCCUUUGGGAAAAGCACACUAAAGUUAAACAGGUCGAUAAAAAAAAAAGAAAGAAAAGCCAUGAGAGGAUAUCUGAAAACAUUAGGAUGGCUAUUUAAACUCCAGAGCAAAACUACAACAGUAGGGAAGCACAAGGACUCCGAUCUCUGUCUUCAGAACGGAGGCGUUGAGGACCAGCAUGCCGUGAUCGAGCUCAACGAGCAAGAGCGCUGCUUCGUACUGCGGGACCUGAAUUCAGCGCAUGGAACCUACGUCAACAACUGUCACAUCCACAACGCGGCCGUGCGCCUGUCCCCGGGAGACGAGAUGCACUUCGGCUACGGGGGGCCCGCUUUCCAGCUGUGCGUGGACUCUACCCUUCAGUCUUGUCCCCCAGUGCAGAAGCGCAUUGCCUGGCACGCACCAAUGCAGGUGCCCCCGUCAGUGGGCACCCCCUCCCAAUUUCCACUACUGAAGAGGCAAGCCCAGGCCAGUAAAACGCAAGGGGGGGCUACCACAACCCCUCGCCCACCUAGCAGGUUACGGCCGGCCAGUGCUGGUGUUAGGAGGCUGGGGCUCUGCCAGUCCAUGGACCACAGGGUCUCCUCUCUCAGGCCAGGAAGCCAUUCCUUACUCUCAGAUAGCGAGGAUCUUGCGGGGAACACAGAGACUCUGCCGAACACACAGGUGCUGCAGAAUCUUCUGCAGGAGAAGGAGGAAAGGCUGCUGCGGCUGGGGGACGAGGUGGGCCGCCUGGUGGCGUUCGAGGCCGAGUCACAGAGGAAGGACACCGUAAUCGCCGGCCUGAGGGACGAGGUGUUUGCACUCCAGCGCCAGGUGUUGUGGGCGGACCCUGAGAUAAGCACCAGGCUGAAGGGCCUGGAGAAGGACAUCAGUGACAAGAAGGACCAGAUAGAGCAGCUAAAGGGACAGAUGCAGGAGCUGCAGAAAGGCUCCAGUGAGGUGUUCAGACAGUCACUGGCUGAGCGGGACAUGAAGAUCAGCAGCAUGAGAGGGCAGCUAGAGAAACUGAAGAGAGACAACGGCAUGUCUGCAGGGCUGGUGACCCGGCUGCAGAAGGAUCUGUCAGCAAGGGAGAAAGAGGGACUCGCACUGGCCUCUGAGGUGGACAGACUGCAACAGGCGAUCCGGCAGAAGGACGGACAGCUGGGGUCCAUGUCCAGCAAGAACAUGAAGCAGCAGGGUGUGUUGCUUGCACGGGAAAAGGAGGCGGCACUUUUGCACAAGCGAGUUGAAGAUCUGGAGCAUAAGCGGGCGGAGCUGCAAAUCGCACUGGUGCAGAAGGACAUGGAGUGGGACUCCUUCAAGGGAGUUCUGGACAAGGAGCGGCAGGAGCAAACCUCCCUGCAAGCAGAUCUUGAGGAGAGCCGGAGGCAGGAGCAAAGGGCCCUCAUGGAGCUCCAGCAGGAGCAGACUCGGCUGGAGAGGCUCCGGUGCCAAAUCACCCAGGCUACCUGUACCAGCCCUAGAUCAUCAUCUCCACAAGACACUGUGUCUGACCAGCAGAUAACAGAACAGAUAUCAGAAUUUAUCAGGGAAGGAGAAGGUCUGAGAACCAGGGUGAAGGAGCUGGAGGAGCAGCUGAAGACAGCAUAUGAAGAGUGGGACAGGAGGGCCAAGGAGGCGGAGGUGCUGAGGAGCACCGUGGAGGAGGUGCAGACAUGCCUGCAGAAGGCGCACUCUGCUCCCGCCCUGCAGGAGGCGAUAGCGGCCCUGCAGGGGCAGCACGUCCCCCCUGGCCUGGCCUGGGUGCACGACGCCACCCUCUCAAUCCUGGGCUGCCAGCUCAGGCAGACGCAGAACACAACACAGGCCCUGCUACAAGCGGGGAUAGACGUGUCAGACUACGUAGAAGGGAUCCCCGAAGGGAUCGGAGUCCUGGGACAGCGAAUACAGGCGUGUGAGGAUGAGGUCAGAGCCCGGCAGGCAGAGCUGCAGGCGUGUCUGAAGGCCCACGACCAGAGCAGGGAGGAGCAAGCCAGGGAGGCGGAGGAGCAGAUGCACACCCUCCGGGAGGAGCUGGAGAGGCAGGGCCAGCAGCUGCUGCAGGAUGCGGUGAGGACAGAGAGAGACAGAGUGACGCAGUCGCUGUCUGCGCAGCUCGGCCACCUGCAGGAACUGCAAAGCCAGAAUGCAGAGCUCAUGCAGGCAAUGGAGACCUACCAGAAGGAGGAAGCUACACUCAGGCAUCAGCUAGAUGGACUGAGGGCUGAGCUGGAGUCACUCAGGAAAGCUGAGGCUGCUCUGAAGGAGCAGGUCCGGACCCGGGAGACGGCGCUGGAGGCAGCAAUAGCUGAGGCAGAGCACAAAGGGGCGGAGCUGGAGAGGAGGCACUGGCAGGGCCAAGAGGAAGAAUACAGGGAACAAGUGCGACAGCAUGCACACACUAUCGUGGCCAUGGAGCAGCAGCUGGAGGAUGUGGAGAAGGAGAGGGACACCCUAAGGGGGCAGCUGAGAGCUGCAGAGGAGAAACUCGGAGACCUUAAGGCUGAGGGACAGAAGAACCCUGAGGUGCUGGUGCUGGAAGAGAGCCUCGCAAUGGCCAGGGAAGCGCUGUCUGAGGCGAGGGAGGAGGUGGGGGCCCAGGGUGAUGUCAUCGCCGCUCUCAGCCGUGAGCUGGCCAUCGCCAAUGCAAGGAUGUCUGACAUGACGGGAGAGCUGAGCGAGCAGCAAAAGGUGGAGCUGGAGCAACACAGGGCCAUGGUGGUCGAGCAGAGGGUCCAACUGAGCAUGCUCACUCAGAAACUGAGCCAGAUGUCACAGCUGGUGGAGCAGAAGGGGGAGGAGCUUCGGAAAGUGAGGGAGGAGUUCAGACAGUGUCAGAAGGACCUGCAGGUGCAAGCCAGCGCUGAGACGCCGCUGGACACACAACCUGAAGGAGGCUACAACCCUGCAGAGGUCAGGAUCUGGCGACAGCCGGAGGGCCCAGUGGAGUCCAGGGGUAAGGAUCGUGCCUCGGUGUCCCCAAUGUCGCCUCCAGAGCUCUGUGCCCAGCAGGUGGCGCUAAUGAGACAGGCGCCGAACGAAUGGAGAACCCAGUUGGCCUAUGAAGGAAAUGUAACUGGCACCUGUGAGGACUUCAGCCUGGUCACCUUGGUGCAGAGCCAGGAGAGCGUAGAGCAGACAGCUAGACUGGACUUAUGCGACACUCUGGACCUCAGCGAAAGAACAUACCUGGACCUGGUGCGGGCCUUGAGUGAAGCAUUGGAGAUGGAAGAAGUGCGGCUGUCGGGAAGCUCGUCCCUGAAGUUUCUGCCUCGGGCCGAGAGGGAGAAGCUGGGCUCCUGCAGGCAGAGGGACCUAGAGCUGCUGAGUGAGCGGGCAAGAUGCAAGGAGGCGCAGAUACAGGAGUAUCAGCGGGAGCAGGAAGUCUGGAGGCAGAGCCAGGCCGUGGGUCAGCGUCUCCAGGGCCGGCUGGACAGUCUGAGGGAGGAGCUGCAGGCAGAGAAGCAAGAAAGCUCCCUGCUGCGUGAGGCCCUGCGUCGCAGCCAGGACCGCCUGGCGCAGGAACUGAGCCUCAACAAGGCCAUCAAAGAGCGCAAAGGUGUGGCUUCAGAGCGACUGACACCAAGGAGCGGGUGGGUGGUCUCUCACAGCUGCGUCCAGGAUGGAUGUCGUGAUAAGGCCGCUUCUGGGAAACCCGGCCUGCACAGGAGGCUGAAGAAGAAGGAGUAUGAGGUGGAGGUCCUGAAGGAGCAGCUGAAGAACCGAGAGAAGGAGCAGAAGCAGAGGACAGCGACGCCCACAGAGCCCAGACAUGAUGUGGAGCCCGCCUGUUCUCCUGCGACACCCCCUGCGGGACCCUCCAGCCCGGCGAUGAGAGCCUCCUCUCCAGUGGAGAUGGCUGAACGAGAGCCGCAAUGGUGCCAGUGAAAGAGAGUGACGGGCUGAAGGUGAUGCUUCUUGGACCUGAGAAUGAAAACGGGGGUUUUCCGUCACAGCAGCGCCUCCCGCCCCCUUUCCACCCUCCCCCCAGUCUCACUCUCCCCACUGCAGUUCUCUCACGACGUCGGAGUCUCCAGCUCCCCUGGAUGCAUCAUCGCAGGUCUGCUGCGGCGGAGCUGACGCAUUCGUCAGGCCCUGCUUCUGCUGCUUUUGGGUGUAGCGGCGUGUCAUGAUGACGAGCUGCGCAUGCAGUCACUCCCAGCAGGCGCUGCCUGAAACAGUAGCUGUUUUUAGCCAGCGCCUUCUGGCAGGUGCAGGCUAAAGCAUUAGCUUUCAUUUACCAUUAGCUGCUGAUAUCGUAUAACUAGAAUGGGGAGCUAUAAUAUAGCAUUUGUAACAUGCUAAUUUCCCAAGGUCAAAGUUAGUGAAAUAUAUAUGUAUAAUUAUAGAAAUCUGCCUGGAUAUGCAGACAGUGGACCAGUAAAAUGUAUAAUACGAAAAAACCUGUUAAAAAUAUGCAAAAAGGAAUGGGACUAAUUGUGAUUUUUCACUGCUUUUGCCAGUGGGGUAUUUUAUAGAAAAUAAGCAGCUGGUUCAAUCUGUAGGAUGUGGAUUUGUGUUCUCAAGGCUGUUGGUUCAAAUCCUAAGAACAAGUGCACUGUGGGCACCCAGGGAUGCUCAGUUCAACCGGUCAGUCUCAUAGGCGGCACUGAGGCCGCCUGUGUGUUGGGCACACCAUCCGAGACAAAAUUAAACUGGCUGAAGACGGAUUUAAAAUUGGCCCGCGCUUUGCGGCUCCCCGUGACAGAUUUAACCAAGCUGGGCUGUCCCUACGAUGAACUUUACCGAGUGAUCAAUUUUGCUGGCCCACAUAACCAUCGGCCCACUGGGAAAAUGCCCAGAAUACCAGAUGGACACUCCAGCCCUGGUGGACGCUAAAUACUUAUAGCUGCCUUUUGAGUGUGACGUGUAUAUUAAACCUAUUGCCUUAGUUACACAGAUGAGAAACACUCUUAUUGCUCUCUGUUCUUUUUCAAUAAAAAAUAAAUUCCAAUGAGGAAUUUCUUCAAUAACUCAAACAAUAAUACAUUUUUUUAGAGGAAAACAUUGUUAGCAAGUUGUUGCCACUGUGUUAAAUGGGCUUUGGUGAAAAUUACAGGAUCAUUCCCUUCUUCUAGCUGUCAGUUAUCAUUUGACCAUAAUCAUCUGUUUGUAGCUAUCCAGUGUCUGCUGACGUGGGUUUCAAAGCAUCUGAACAAAUUUAGUUCUUUAGUUCUUCAGAACAACCACAGCAUCGUAACGGUAUAAAAUAUGUUUUCAUUACCUUUGCUCCACAAAUGCAUGAUUAUGCAAUGAUGUAUAAUCAAUUACUCUGGUACUCAUGUUUAAUUGUCAUGGAUAAUUAAACGAUGUCUGGUUU